AUGGCGGAGAGCCAGGCGCGACUAAGGAUGCCAACUCUCCCGGGAGUGCUCAGGUCGCCAGAUAAAGAUGUACUGGUGAAGCACAGCACGUUGCCGCCCAUCGCGUUACCCGCUCAGUCUCUGGAUCCGACUGCUGAUGCGCUGGAGAGGAGCGCCGCCAGGCGGGGGAGAAUGUUCCACCGGCGGAGCCGAACCCAGCUGGAACAGCUCCACACCAGAGUGGUUAAUAAAGCCAUGAAGACUUGUAGGCUGGAAAAUGAGGCAAAGGCAAGCAGAAACCCUGCAGCUCCUGAGCCGGAAUUUCCUUGCACAAUGAACAGCGAAGGGAGGAAACAGAGAAUGAACAUGAGCUUCCUCAGGCAGUGUGUGGAGCAGAGGCCCAUGGUGGCCAUCCAGCCGCAGUGCCUGGACUCCAUCCUCACCCGCGUCCCCCUCCACCUGCGGCAGGGCCCGGGCCAGCAGCAGCUGCUGGAGGACCUCUGCCAGGAGGUCCGGGACGAUUUCCGCCGAAGUAUGGUCCAACACACAGUGAAAACCAUUCUGCGUGACCCUCGAGAGGAGGAGCAGGCCUCCGCACGGGGCACUCCCUCAAGACCGGUGAUGGGGGUGGGCAGGCUCUGGCACGACAGCUUCGUAAAAAACCGCAGGAGGAUGGAGGAGAACCUGCACGUUCUGCAGCCGGUGAUGAGAACCAUCCUGGAGCUGGGUCACAUGACCUUCUCCGACCUGCUGCUGGUGGACCUCUCUGGCUGCAGGUCCAGAGGGCCUGUGGAGUGUGAGAACCUGCGGAACAAGAUGGUGGUGGAGUGUGAGAGGAUGGAGGACAAGAUAAUGAACACCUGGUUUCCCAAAAUCAUCCACCUCCUCACCAGCAAGGAGCUUCAGAAAGGCAUUAAAGGAGAGAAACUCAACUCCUUCUACACCUGUGCCUCCACCCUAAUCUCCAACCAACUCAGGGACCUGGUGACUCGCAGUGUGGAGGACUACGUCAGUCUGUUCCAGCCUGAGAGAGCUUUGCAGCUGCCCCUGUUCAGGAUGGACCUGAUCUUCGACAACGAGAGGAUGGAGUUCUACCCCACCUUCGAGGACCUGGAGCUGGCUGUGCUGGAGAUCAUGACCCAGAUCACCCACACCAUGCAGCAUGUACAGACGGUGCAGUCCUGGCUGGCCGAGGGGCAGAAGACGUUUGUGGACGCUAGACUGGCAGAGCACGUCCUGUCCUGGGCAGAGUCGGCCCUCAAGGAGGCUGUGCGGCAGAACCUGGAGGGACCCCAGCAGCAUCUCCUCAGCUACGGGGAGAGCUAUGAUUGGCUGGUGAAUGACGUGGCACAGACCCGGGUUCAGACCUUCAUGGCAGAGGAGCACUCGUUCGACCAAUAUAUGGAGUUGGAGGAGGAGUUCCGGAUGCUGUCGAAGGAGAUCAUGAGCUUGCCCACAGUGGCUCACUUCCCCAUGGUGAGGCUGGACUGUGAGGAGCUGAAGCAGGGAUUGGCCAAGAAGGCCACGGCCUUCUCUCACAUCCUGCUGGAGGAGUUGGUGACCAGGCACCGGCAGGACAACCUGAAGUUGUGUAGAGAAUUUGAGGUUAUGCGGAAUAAGGUGAUGAGGGUUCCAGAGACGACCGAGGAGAUGACUGCCCUGGCAGCGUUCAUUAGCCAGUCCCGGACCAAGGGCAUGGAGGAGCUCCACGUCAAAAUAACGGAGACAUGCCGUAGACUAAACAUCCUGCUGGAUCUGUUCAUAUUUGAACCCGAGGAUCUGGACUUAAACUCCUCUGUGCUCCUCUGGCCCCGGAACAUGCUGCCUGUCUUUGACCUUGGAGAUGAGGUCUUGUUGAGUGCGAAGCGGAAAGGGGAGGAGGAGCUCCUGGCUCGCAGGGAGAGGCUGGUCCUGGAGCUGGAGAAGCUGGGGAGCAGACUGGAGGAGUUCACAGAGUGCUGUGAGCUGGAGAUGAUGCCGCAGUAUGUGGCAGAUGUGAAAGGAGUGCAGAAGCGGCUCCAGGAGGCAGAGGAGUCCAUCGCCUUCAUCAACAAGGAGGAGAAGCUGUACGAGUGGGACCUGACCUCCUACCCCACCCUGCACACCAUCAAGGACAGCAUGGAGCCCUACCACAAGCUGUUCGGGCUCAUCUUCAGAUGGCAGAAAACAGAGAAGAGGUGGAUGGACGGGUCGUUCCAGGACCUGAACGGGGAGAGCAUGGAGGGGGAGGUGGACGAGUUCUUCAGGGACGUGUAUAAGAUGGAGAAGUUAUUCAGGCAGAAGCAGAAGAAGGCGGAUCAGGAGGCCCGCCGGCCCCCGGGGGCGGGGCAGGACAACCCCUCUGUGCUGAUGUGCUCCCGGGUCAUGGAGCAGAUCAAAGACUUCAAGGAGAACGUGCCCAUGGUGUGCACGCUGUGUAACCCGGGGAUACGGGCGCGGCACUGGGCUGAGAUGUCGCACAUUGUGGGGUACGACCUGACGCCUGACUCUGGGACCACGCUGCGCAAGCUGCUGAAGCAGAACCUGGGCGGCUUCCUGGAGCGGUUCGACACCAUCAGCGCUGCGGCCAGCAAGGAGUUCUCUCUGGAAAAGGCCAUGCAGACGAUGGUGGACAUGUGGGACAUCGUGGCGUUCAACCACCACCCCUACCGUGAGUCGGGCGUGUCCAUCCUCAGCUCCGUGGACGAGAUCCAGACCAUGCUGGACGACCAGAUCGUCAAAACACAGACCAUGCGCGGCUCUCCUUUCAUCAAGCCCUUCGAGGCACAGAUCCGGGUGUGGGAGGAGAGGCUGAUCCGGAUCCAGGACACCAUAGACGAGUGGCUGAAGGUGCAGGCGCAGUGGCUGUAUCUGGAGCCCAUCUUCUCCUCUGAGGACAUCAUGCAGCAGAUGCCUGAGGAGGGGCGCCUGUUCCACGCUGUCAGCGCGCACUGGAAGGAGGUCAUGAAGCACUGCGUCAAAGACCCCAAGGUGCUGCCAGCGACAUCGUUGCCAGGUCUGCUGGAGAAACUGCAGGAUUCCAACGAGCUUCUGGACAAAAUCAUGAAGGGGCUGAACGCCUACCUGGAGAUGAAGAGACUGUUCUUCCCACGGUUCUUCUUCCUGUCGAACGACGAGAUGCUGGAGAUCCUGUCCGAGACCAAGGACCCCCUGCGUGUGCAGCCCCACCUGAAGAAGUGCUUUGAGGGCAUCGCCAAGCUGGACUUCUUGCCCAACCUGGACAUCCAGGGCAUGUACAGCAGUGAGGGGGAGCGCGUGGAGCUGCUGGAGCUGGUGUCCACGUCCGAGGCGCGCGGCGCGGUGGAGAAGUGGCUGGUGCAGGUGGAGGACGUGAUGCUGCGCAGCGUCCGGGACGAGGUCCGCCGCUCCAAAGAGGCAUACCCAGAUACAGCCCGCAGUGCCUGGGUGAGGGAGUGGCCUGGUCAGGUGGUUCUCUGCACAUCUCAGAUGUUCUGGACCCUGGAGGUGCAUGAGGCCAUCGGGAACGGGCCUGAGGGUCUGAAGCUGUACUACCAGCAGCUCCAGGAGCAGCUGAAUGACGUUGUGGAGCUGGUGAGGGGGAAGCUGCCCAAACAGACGCGCACCACGCUGGGGGCCCUCGUCACCAUCGACGUGCACGCCAGAGACGUCGUCAUGGAGAUGAUCGAGAAAGGUGUGUCCCAUGAUACGGACUUCCAGUGGCUCGCUCAGCUGCGGUACUACUGGGACAAAGACAACGUGCGCGUACGCAUCAUCAACUGUGACGUCAAAUACGCCUACGAGUACCUGGGCAACUGCCCCCGCCUGGUCAUCACCCCGCUGACCGACCGCUGCUACCGCACCCUGAUCGGAGCGUUUUACCUGAGUCUGGGCGGGGCACCGGAGGGGCCUGCAGGUACAGGGAAGACAGAGACCACCAAGGACCUGGCCAAAGCGCUGGCUGUGCAGUGCGUGGUGUUCAACUGCUCAGACGGCCUGGACUACCUCGCCAUGGGAAAGUUUUUCAAAGGGCUGGCCUCUUCGGGUGCGUGGGCGUGCUUUGACGAGUUUAACCGCAUCGAGCUGGAGGUGCUGUCAGUGGUGGCGCAGCAGAUCCUGUGCAUCCAGAGGGCCAUCGAGAUGAAGAUGGAGACCUUCGACUUUGAGGGCACGGAGCUCCGCCUCAACCCCAACUGCUUUGUGGCUAUCACCAUGAACCCCGGAUACGCCGGCCGAUCCGAGCUGCCCGACAACCUGAAGGUGUUGUUCCGGACGGUGGCCAUGAUGGUGCCUAACUAUGCGCUGAUCGCCGAGAUCUCUCUGUACUCCUACGGCUUCCUGAACGCCAAGCCGCUGUCGGUGAAGAUCGUCAUGACAUACCGGCUGUGUUCCGAGCAGCUGUCCUCCCAGUUCCACUACGACUACGGCAUGCGGGCCGUGAAAGCAGUCCUGGUGGCGGCAGGGAACCUGAAACUUAAGUUCCCAGAUGAGAAUGAAGAUAUCCUUCUGCUUCGCUCGAUUAAGGAUGUGAACGAGCCCAAGUUCCUGUCUCACGACAUCCCUCUGUUUAACGGGAUCACCAGCGACCUGUUCCCUGGCAUCUCCCUGCCUGUGGCAGACUACCAGCUCUUCCUGGACUGUAGCAGUGAAUGCUGUCAGAGACACAAUGUGCAGCCCACGCCUGUCUUUGUGGAGAAGAUUAUUCAGACGUACGAGAUGAUGAUCGUGCGACAUGGGUUUAUGUUGGUUGGGGAGCCGUUCGCUGGGAAGACCAGAGUGCUGCACGUGCUGGCUGACACUCUGACGCUGAUGAACGAGAGAGGCUACAACGAGGAGGAGAAGGUGCUGUUCCGCACGGUCAACCCCAAAGCCAUCACCAUGGGCCAGCUGUUCGGCCAGUUCGACCCCGUGUCCCACGAGUGGGCGGACGGAAUCGUGGCGAACAUGUUUCGGGAGUUUGCGUCGUCAGAGACGCCGGACAGGAAGUGGGUGGUGUUUGAUGGGCCAAUCGACACGCUGUGGAUCGAGAGCAUGAACACGGUCCUGGACGACAACAAGAAGCUGUGUUUGAUGAGUGGGGAGAUUAUCCAGAUGUCCAAUCAGAUGAGCCUGAUCUUUGAAGCCAUGGACCUAUCCCAGGCCUCGCCUGCGACAGUGAGCCGCUGUGGGAUGAUCUACAUGGAGCCCUCUCAGCUGGGCUGGGAGCCCAUCCUCACCUCCUGGCUCCACACUCUGCCUGAGCUGCUGCAAGACCCACACAACUCUGCCCUCCUCACACGGCUCUUCCAUUGGCUGCUGCCCCCGUCAUUCAGGAUGCUACGGAAACACUGCAGGGAAGUGGUCACCACAAACAACAGCAACACCGUGGUGUCGCUGACACGGCUCUUUCUGAUGCUGCUGGCCGAACCUCUCAAACAAGACUCCGCCCACAAGAACAUCCGCAUAUGGAUCAUGGGGGCCUUUGCCUUCUCCCUGGUGUGGUCUGUGGGGGGGAGCUGUGACUCCAGCAGCAGGGAGAAGUUUGACGAGUUCCUCAGGAACAUCCUCUCUGGGAAAAUGGAGGAACACCCCAUCCCUGAGGAGGUGGAGAAAUGGGAGUGUCCCUUCGAGGAGAAGGGCCUGGUGUAUGACUACUCCUUUGAGGUUAAAGGUCGCGGUCGUUGGGUUCAUUGGAAUGAGUCGAUCAAGAACAUCAACCUGGGAGACAAGGACACCAAGGUGCAGGACAUCAUCGUUCCCACCAUCGACACCGUGCGCUACACCUACCUGAUGGACCUGUGCAUCCAGUAUGGAACGCCACUGCUCUUCGUGGGCCCCACCGGCACGGGGAAGUCGGUGUACGUGAAGGAGAAACUGAUGAACAACCUGGACAAGGACCGAUACCUGCCCUUCUUCAUCAACUUUUCCGCUCGCACCAGCGCCAACCAGAGCCAGAACAUAAUCAUGUCCCGUCUGGAUAAGCGGCGUAAGGGAGUGUACGGCCCGCCCAUGGGGAAGAAGUGUGUGAUAUUCGUGGACGAUAUGAACAUGCCGGCGCUGGAGCAGUUUGGAGCUCAGCCUCCCGUGGAGCUGCUGCGCCAGUACUUUGACCACGGCCACUGGUAUGACCUGAAGGACACGUCUGCCAUCACCCUGGUGGAUCUGCAGCUGAUCUCGGCCAUGGGCCCCCCCGGCGGGGGCCGGAACGCCGUGACCCCCCGCUUCCUGCGCCACUUCAACAUCUGCAGCAUCAACGCUUUCAGCGACGCCACCAUGGUGCACAUCUUCUCCCACAUCGUCAGCUUCUACCUGCGCGUCAACGCCUUUCCCCCAGAGUACUUCACCGUGGGCAACCAGAUCGUCGUGGCAACCAUGGAGGUGUAUAAGAAGGCCAUGGAGAACCUGUUGCCCACCCCGGCUAAGUCGCACUACACCUUUAACCUGCGGGACUUCUCACGCGUGGUGCGUGGCGUCCUGCUCCUGCAGAAGGAGUCUUUGGAGAGCAAGCACACCAUGACGCACCUGUUCGUGCACGAGGUGUUCCGCGUUUUCUACGACCGUCUGGUGGACGACAAGGACCGCGCCUGGCUGUACCAGCUGAUGAACCACAUCGUCAAGGAGCAUUUCAGAGAGAACUUCGACACCGUGUUUAGCUAUCUGAAACAAGACGACAGGCCUCUGUGUGAGGAGGACAUGCGGAACCUGCUCUUUGGAGACUACAUGGACCCGGAUCUGGAGGACAGUGAGAGGCUGUACGCGGAGGUGCCGUCCAUGGACCAGUUCAGCCAGGUGGUGGAGCUCUGCCUGGAGGAGUACAACCAGACGCACAAAAACCGCAUGAACCUGGUCAUCUUCCGGUACGUGCUGGAGCACCUGUCGCGGAUCAGCCGGGUGCUGAAGCAGCCGGGGGGGAACGCUCUGCUGGUGGGGGUUGGGGGCAGCGGCAGGCAGUCUCUGACACGCCUCGCCACCUCCAUGGCCAAGAAUGUGCUCUUCCAGCCCGAGAUCUCCAAGAGCUACGGAAUGACCGAGUGGAGAGACGACCUGAAGCGGCUGCUGAAGAGCGCAGGUGUGAAGGGGGAGCAGACCGUGUUCUUGCUCACAGAUGCUCAGAUUAAGGAGGAGGCCUUCCUGGAGGAUGUGGACAGUCUGCUGAACACCGGGGAGGUGCCCAACAUCUUUGCCGUGGACGAGAAGCAGGAGAUCAUGGAGGCAGUGCGGCCCAUUGCCCAGGCUGGGAACCGUGAUGCAGAGAUGAGCCCGCUUGCACUGUUCGCCUUCUUUGUGACGCGCUGUCGGGAGAACUUGCACAUCGUGGUGGCGUUCAGCCCCAUUGGAGACGCCUUCCGCAACCGCCUGCGCCAGUUCCCCUCGCUCAUCAACUGCUGCACCAUCGACUGGUUCCAGCCCUGGCCAGAGGAGGCGCUGGAGCGAGUGGCGCACAAGUUCCUGGAGAGCCUGGAGCUGAGCGAGCAUGAACGGCAGGAGGUCAUCCUGCUCUGCAAGACCUUCCACACCUCCGCCAUCCACCUGUCACACAGGUUCCUGACUGAACUGGGGCGCCACAACUACGUCACGCCCACCUCCUACCUGGAGCUCAUCGCUGCCUUCCGCCAGCUCCUCACGCAGAAGCGUGACGCCGUCAUGAGAGCCAAGAAGCGCUACACCAACGGGCUGGACAAGCUGGCCUUCGCCGAGUCCCAGGUGAGUGAGAUGAAGAAGGAGCUGGUGGACCUGCAGCCUAAACUGGAGGUGGCCAAAGUGGAGAACACCAACAUGAUGAAGGUGAUCGAGGUGGAGUCGGUGCAGGUGGAGGCGAAGAGUAAGGUGGUGCGUGAGGAUGAGGAGGCGGCCACGCUGAAGGCCAACGAGUCGCAGGCUCUGAAGGACGAGUGUGAGAGUGACCUCGCCGAAGCCAUCCCUGCCCUCGAAGCUGCGCUGUCCGCCCUCAACACGCUCAAGCCAUCUGACGUCACCAUCGUGAAGUCCAUGAAGAACCCGCCCUCAGGCGUGAAGCUGGUGAUGUCAGCCGUCUGUGUGAUGAAGGAGAUCAAGCCUGAGAAGAUAGCUGACCCAGCCGGGAAAGGACAGAAGAUUCUGGACUACUGGGGCCCGAGUAAGAAGCUCCUGGGGGAUAUGAACUUCCUGAGAGACCUGAAGGAGUACGACAAGGACAACAUCCCUGUGGCGGUAAUGACUAAAAUCCGCAGUGAGUACAUGAGUAACCCCGACUUCGACCCGACCAAAGUGGCCAAAGCCUCGUCUGCUGCAGAGGGGCUGUGCAAGUGGAUCACAGCCAUGGAGGUGUACGACAGAGUGGCCAAGGUCGUGGCUCCUAAGAAGGCCAACCUGCUGGAGGCCCAGGAGUCUCUGGCCACCACCAUGGCGCUGCUGAACGAGAAGCGGGCGGAGCUGAAGGAGGUGGAGGACCGGCUGGCCUCCCUGCAGAGCACCUUUGAGGAAAAGACCGAGGAGAAGGCCCAGCUGGAGCUGCAGGUGGACCUCUGCGCCCGCAAGCUGGAGAGGGCCGAGAAACUGAUCGGGGGCCUGGGGGGCGAGAAGACUCGGUGGUCUAUUGCAGCAGAUGACCUGCAGAACAUCUACGACAACCUGACAGGUGACGUGCUGAUCUCCGCAGGGGUCAUCGCCUACCUGGGUGCUUUCACCUCUGCGUUCCGCCAGGACUGCUCCCAGAACUGGACCCAGCUCUGCAAGUCCAGAGGCAUUCCGUCUUCAGAUGACUUCUCGUUGAGUAAGACUCUGGGCGACCCCAUUAAGAUCCGAGCCUGGAACAUUGCAGGCCUGCCCACUGACAGUUUCUCCAUCGACAACGGAGUCAUCGUCAGCAACUCCCGCAGAUGGCCGCUGAUGAUUGACCCUCAGGGUCAGGCCAAUAAGUGGGUGAAGAACUCUGAGAAGGACAAUAACCUGAGCAUCAUCAAGCUCACAGACUCCGACUACAUGCGCACCCUGGAGAACUGCAUCCAGUUUGGCACCCCGCUGCUGCUGGAGAACGUGGCGGAAGAGCUGGACCCUUCCCUGGAGCCCCUACUGCUGAAACAGACUUUCAAACAGGGAGGUGUGGACUGUAUCAGGCUUGGCGAGAGCGUGAUUGAGUACUCGCGCGAUUUCCGCUUCUACAUCACCACCAAGCUGAGGAACCCGCACUACCUGCCGGAGCUGGCCACCAAGGUCUCCCUGCUCAACUUCAUGAUCACGCCUGAGGGCCUAGAGGACCAGCUGCUGGGCAUCGUGGUCGCCAAGGAGAGACCAGAGUUGGAGGAGGAGAGGAAUGCCCUGAUCCUGCAGUCGGCGUCCAAUCAGAAGCAGCUGAAGGAGAUUGAGGACCGGAUCCUGGAGACGCUGCACUCCGAGGGGAACAUCCUGGAGGACGAGAGCGCCAUCCAGGUCCUGGACUCGGCCAAGAUCAUGUCCAACGAGAUCACCAAGAAGCAGCAGAUCGCAGAAAAGACGGAGAUAAAGAUUGCAGAAUCGAGGGAGGGCUACAGGCCAAUCGCCAGGCACUCCUCUAUCCUGUUCUUCAGCAUCGCUGACCUGGGCAACAUCGACCCCAUGUACCAGUACUCUCUCUCCUGGUUCGUCAACCUGUACAUCAGCUCCAUCCAGGAGAGGGGAAAGUCCAAGGUUUUGGAGAAGAGGCUGAAGUUCCUGAUCGAUCACUUCACCUACAACCUGUACUGCAACGUGUGCCGGUCGCUAUUUGAGAAAGACAAGCUGCUCUUCUCCUUCCUGCUGUGCUCCAAUCUGCUCCUGGCUGAGCAGCAGAUGGAGUACUCUGAGUUCAUGUUCCUGCUGACGGGAGGGGUGGGGCUGCAGAACACUGUGCCCAAUCCUGACCCCAGCUGGCUGCAGGACAGGAGCUGGGACGAGAUCUGCAGGGCCAGCGACAUGCAGGGCCUACGGGGCCUGAGGGAGUUCUUCAGGGAGAAGCCUGAGGGUUUCCAGCUGAUUUACGACAGCAAAGAGCCCUACAACAUGCCCAUGCCCAGCCCCUGGGGCGACAAACUCAACCACCUCCAGAAGAUGAUCGUCUACCGAUGCCUGAGGCCCGACAAGAUUGUGCCGGCGAUCACUAACUAUGUGACGGAAAACCUGGGGAAGAAGUUUGUGGAGCCGCCGCCCUUCGACCUGACGAAGAGCUACAUGGACUCCAACUCCACCGUGCCGCUGGUGUUCGUGCUCUCUCCUGGAGCCGACCCCAUGGCCAGCCUGCUGAAGUUCGCCAACGAUAAGAGCAUGGGCGGGGCCAUGUUCCAGUCCAUCUCCCUGGGGCAGGGCCAGGGCCCCAUCGCGGCCCGCAUGAUCCGAACCGCCAUGGCGGACGGGACCUGGGUGUGCCUGCAGAACUGCCACCUCGCCGUGUCCUGGAUGUCCACCCUGGAGAAGAUCUGCGAGGACCUGACCCCCGAAACAUGCCACCCCGACUUCCGCCUCUGGCUCACCAGCUACCCCUCCCCCAAGUUCCCAGUGACCAUCCUGCAGAACGGGGUGAAGAUGACCAACGAGCCGCCCACAGGCCUGAGGCUCAACCUGCUGCAGUCCUACCUGUCUGACCCCGUCUCUGACCUCGCCUUCUUCGACAGUUGUCCUGAGAAACAGCCGGUGUGGGAGAAGCUGCUCUACGGGGUGUGUUUCUUCCAUGCUCUGGUCCAGGAGAGGAAGAAGUUUGGCCCCCUGGGCUGGAACAUUCCGUACGGCUUCAAUGAGUCUGACCUGCGAAUCAGCAUCAGACAGCUCCAGCUGUUUGUGAAUGAGUAUGAGCAGGUUCCGUUUGAGGCGAUCUCGUACCUGACAGGUGAGUGUAACUACGGUGGCCGAGUGACGGAUGACUGGGACCGGCGGCUGCUCCUCACCACCCUCGCCGACUUCUACAACCAGGACAUCGUGGAAAACCCCCGCUACACCUUCUCCCCCAGCGGGAAAUACUUUGCCCCUCCAAAGUCCUCUUAUGAGGACUAUGUGCUGUUUAUCAGGAACCUGCCAGUCUCGCAGCAGCCAGAGGUGUUUGGCAUGCAUGAGAAUGUGGACAUAUCCAAGGACCUGCAGCAGACCAAACUGCUAUUUGAUUCGCUGCUGCUGACCCAGGGGGGCGGAGCCAAAGGCGGAGGUAGCUCUGGAGGGGACAGCACUUUAUUUGACAUUGCGCACGACGUCCUGAGCAAGCUCCCGGACAGCUUUGACCUGGAGGCAGCGCUGGCCAGGUUCCCCGUGCUGUACGAGGAGAGCAUGAACACCGUGCUGGUGCAGGAGAUGCAGAGAUACAAUACGCUGGGGAACACUAUCCGGCUCAGCCUACAGAACUUGCAGAAGGCCAUUAAAGGGCUGGUGGUGAUGGAUGCUGAUCUGGAGGCCCUGUCUGGGAGCCUGAUGGUGGGGAAGCUUCCGGAGAAAUGGGCCAAGGUCUCAUACCCCAGCCUCAAACCACUGGGCAGCUACGUCAACGACUUCCUCGCCAGACUCAAGUUCCUGCAGGACUGGUACGAGAGCAGCAAGCCCAGUGUGUUCUGGCUGUCCGGGUUCUUCUUUACCCAAGCCUUCCUGACGGGAGCGCUGCAGAACUACGCCCGGAAGUACUCCAUCCCCAUCGACCUGCUCGGCUUCGACUUCCAGGUCCUGCCUCAGACCACCUCUGACUCCGCCCCCGAGGACGGGGUCUACAUCCACGGCCUGUUCUUAGACGGAGCGCGCUGGGACAAGACUGCUGGAGUUCUGACUGAGCAGCUGUCCAAGGUUCUGUUUGACUCUGUCCCCAUCAUCUGGAUAAAGCCACUGCAGCGGGGCUCAGACGUGCGGUCGCAGAGUGUGUACGUGUGCCCGCUCUAUAAGACCAGUGAGCGGAAGGGCACUCUGUCCACCACGGGCCACUCCACAAACUUCGUCAUCUCACUGACCCUGCCCACCGCCCGCCGCCCACAGCACUGGAUCAAGAGGGGCGUGGCUCUGCUCUGUCAGCUGGAUGACUGAACCACCAAACCCCAGCGAACCACAGGAAACCCCAGUGAACCCCGGCGGACCCCAAACUCCUGAACAGCGCAGACAGCAGCACACAGCCAGGUCACUCACAGGGAGGGGUCCUGCAGUUAUGUGUUCAUCACUCGCAGUAGCACAGCACCCACAACACAACCAUCACAGGGACAGUCAUGUGUCACAAUAAAUACCACGCAGUUGUGUUCACAUAUCGUACCACUUCUAAAGGAGGAAAUUGCUUUUGUAAAAUUUGAUUUGAGAAAAAUAAAUAA